CGUUCAACCAAAUCGUGAUGUCUUCACCCAAAAUUGUGAUGAAAAACAAAACAGAGACGUAUUUUUGAGUUUGAUUGUUGUUGAUCUGUCCCAUUUCAAUCGUGUAAGAAGGGAGAGAUCAGAGAUGUUGCAGAGAGCUGCGAACCAUGCUUAUUCCUGGUGGUGGGCCAGCCACAUUCGCACCAAGCAAUCCAAAUGGCUCGAACAGAGCCUACAAGACAUGGAAGAGAAGGUACAUGGCAUGCUCCAGUUGAUAGAAGGCGAUGGGGACUCGUUCGCGAAGAGGGCGGAGAUGUACUACCGCAGGCGGCCCGAGCUCAUCUGCGCCGUGGAGGAGGCCUACAAGGUCUUCCGAUCCCUAGCUGACCGCUACGACCUUUUAUCGAAAGAUUUCCAAAAUGCCAACCACACCAUUGCAACCGUCUUCCCCGAGCAGGUCCAGUUUGGCAUGGCGGACGACGACGACGUCCUCCCCAAGAUGCCCGACAACUUCGUCGUCCCGGAGAUCAACAUGUCCAAGAUCCCCCAAGUCCCCAAGGCUCCCAUUAGAGAUCUCAAGACCAUCAUUUCCAAGGCCUCCAAGCAGGUCCAGGCCAAGAAGAUGAAGGCGGCUCAUACGCGCCAGAAGCCAGUUGUCGAGUCCGGCCUCACCAAGGAGGAGGCAGUUGAAGAGAUCAACAAGCUGCAGAAGGAGAUUCUGUCGUUGCAGACUAUGAAGGAGUUUGUGAAGAGCUCUUACGAGAGUGGGAUUGGUAAGUAUUGGGGAAUUGAGAGCCAGGUGAUGGAAAUGCAGCAAAGGAUUUCUAGGUUACAGGAUGAGUUCAGUAUGGAUAUUGUGAUCGAAGAUGAUGAGGCUCGGACGCUCAUGGCCGAGGCGGCUCUCAAGUCAUGCCAAGAGACCUUGGCCAUGCUGCAGGAGAAGCAGGAGAAGACUGCUAUCGAAGCGAUGGAUGAGUACGAGAGGAUUGAGGCCGCGUGUGAGCGAUUGCAGUCUCUCAGGGAGAAGUACAGUCUCGAGCAAACAGAUGGUGCACAGGAUUCAUCACGUGAGUUCAGUAAAGACGUGGCUGCUUUGCUGCAGGAGACCAAAGAGCUCGAGGAGCUGCCCGAGAAACUAGAGGAGAACUUGGACACAAACUCGUUGGCUAGUCUCUCUGCCACUCAGCUAGCAGAAAAGAUUGAUGUUUUGGUGAAUAAGGUGAUCACGUUAGAGACGGCUGUGUCAUCUCAGACGGUUCUUGUCAACACGCUGAGGGCCGAGAACGAUGACCUUAACACGCAGAUCAGGAGCUUGGAGGAGGAGAACGAGAGCCUCGGCGGGGACACUCAGGGGCUGAGCUCCAAGGUGAUUCAGAUGGAGGAGCAGCUGAACAAGGUGCAAGAUUUGAAUAAGAAUGUAGAGAGCCGCAACAAUACUCUUCAAACCAAUUUCGCCAAGGCCAAAACCAGCAUCGAUACUCUUGCGGAGAAGCUCACGAGUGUCAAGCCCGACGAUGAUCUUGAGCCUUCUCCCGAUGUUGUGAAACAAUUGACAGAUGUCGAUGAUAAUCUGUCAAGCAAUGUCGAGGAUGAGAAACCGGCCGAGGAUGAGAUGCCCAACAGUUUGAAGGGAGAUGAGGAGGCUGAUGUAGAUGAUGGUGGCCGCGCCACAGAGACAAAACAUAGUAGUGUGAAAGAAGACGAAGGAGAAGAAGAUGAAGAUGAGUUUAAAGAUGUAAGAGAAGCACCGAGUGUAGAAGAUGAAGAAGAAGAAGAGGAAGUAAACGUGAAGAAGAUGCGAAGAAGUUUGACAUCCACGCAAGAGAAGGAACACGCGGAGAACGUGGUAAGAAAGGCAACAUCAUUCUCGGGGCGAAAAACAAUACAGAAGAUACUCGAGGAGGAAUCCGAAAAUUCUCCAAGACACAAAGCCAAGGCCGAGGCGAAGGAGAAAGAAGAAGACGACUACAGUUGGCAACAAAUUCUCCUCAGCGGAAUGGAGGAUAGAGAGAAGAUCCUCCUAAAAGAAUACACCACAAUCCUAAGAAACUACAAAGAGGUGAAGAAGAGACUGAACGAGGUGGAGAUGAAGGAAAGGGACAGCCACUUCGACACCACCAUACAAAUGAGGGAGCUCAGGAAAGCCAUCUCAAGACGAGACCAAGAAAUCACGAACCUCCGCAGAAGGCUCAACGAAGAGAUCUCCGAAAAUGAUAAAGAAGAGGAAGGCGCAAGCGUGACAAAGGACAUGAACGAGAAGAACGAGACAGCGACAGUGUACAUGGCAAGGAGCCCCUCGCUGACGCUGGUCGAGGAGAAGCUCCGGGCAGACAUAGACGCGAUACUGGACGAGAACUUGGACUUCUGGUUCAGAUUCAGCACCGCGUUCCACCAAAUACAAAAGUUCAAGACGGAAGUGAGGGACCUGGACGAGGAGAUGUCGAAGCUGCGCGAGAGGCGCAAGACAGACGGGACGCAGCAGCUGAAAUCGGAAGUGGUGCCAAUUUUCAAGCAUUUAAGGGAUAUAGAGAGCGAGCUGACAGUGUGGCUGGAGCAGAGCGUGCCGCUGAAGGAGGAACUCAGGAGCAGAUCCUCGUCUUUGUGUAACAUACAAGAGGAGAUAACGAAGGCGCUGAGGGAGGGCGUGGAGUGGGACGAGAUCAGAUUCGGCAGCCACCAGGCGGCCAAGCUGCAAGGGGAAGUGCUAAACAUGAAGCAGGAGAAUGAGAAGGUGAGGGAGGAGCUGGAGGCGGGGCUCGACCACGUAAGCAUGCUGCAGCUGCAGAUACAAAAAACGAUGACGCUGCUUGAUGAAGAGUUUGGGAUACAAUCGGUGCGGUCGGAGAGGAAGAGUAAGGUGCCACUUAGUUCCUUCAUCUUUGGGAGUAAGUCGCAAUCUAAGAAGCCUAAGACUUCUAUCUUCUCUUGCAUGCAUCCGAGUAGGAAAUACCAGGUCCUUAGAGCUGGGAUUCGCUUUUCCUCGAGUAAUAACUCCUCUUCUUCCUCUUGACUCUUUUUUUGUUUUUGUAUCACUCUUUUUGUGUACUUUGCUCUCAUGUACAGGAAAUUCAAUUUGUAUGUUUUUCUUGACAAAACAAAAGUGGAUAGUACUUUUAAAUUUCUCUUC